UACAAAAAAGUAAAAAAAAACUGUAAGAUAUUUUAGAGACAAGAAGAAGAAGCAGAGGAAGGGAAAACCUGUUUCUUCCAUUAAUGUGAGAAGGAAAUGGGGAGAGAGGUAUCAGAAAGCUGCAUCGAUAGCCUACUAACCGAAAUGGUUUCAACAUAUUGCAACCGUUUCUACGCCAAUAAGCCUGAGCUCGCCGCCCGUCGGAUCGAAGCCAUUGGAUAUCAGGUCGGUCAUCAGCUCUCCGAACGGUACACAUUGGAGAGGCCACGUUUUAGUGAUCAUUUAGAGGCAAUCAAGUUCAUCUGCAAGGAUUUUUGGUCUGUACUCUUUAAGAAGCAGAUAGACAACUUGAAGACAAAUCAUAGAGGUACCUUUGUAUUGCAAGAUAAUCGUUUUCGUUGGCUUACACGCAUGUCAAUUGAUCUAUCACCUAAAAAUGGAGCCUCCGAAGAGGCUUCUAUCAUGGCUGACAACAAGGGUGUGCAAAGCAUGCAUCUCUAUUUUCCAUGUGGAAUCAUCAGGGGAGCUCUUUCAAACUUGGGAAUACCUUGUGCAGUGUCCGCUGACAUAUCCAACCUUCCUGCAUGUUCAUUUGUGGUCCGAAUAAAGGCUUGAUGAGCAUGCUACCAGAAAAGCUACUUCAGGUUCAUUUGUGAUCUGAAUAAAGGCUUGAUGAGCAUCUUAUCAGGAAUGCUACACCAAUUCUUGGGUUUCAAACACACUCUGGAUGCUAGUUUAAAAGAACGUAUCUUCUGCUUCUGCUUCUGCAAGAUAAAAACUCAGCCUGACAACUACUAUAGUCCCAUUCAGAAUAUCAGAAGUGGUACAAUAAAUACUUUUGUAGAAAAUUAUGUGACAAAUAGACUUGGAACUUUUGUAUGUGGAUAUUUUGAAACCCCUUUUUUAUUGAUAAGAUUGCUUUGUUGAAUUAUUUUCUGUGCAUUUAAGUGCCAUUCACUUGUUGAACUGACAUCUUCACUGGAAAAGGAACUGUACAAGUUUAGAAUCAAAAG